CCAAAAGCGGGAAGGCAGGCGACAUGGUCCAAAAUAAGCAUAUAGAAACGCUAAGGGAAACGCUUCUAUAUUGAACAGAUUUAGGCGAGAGUGAACCCUCUCGUUUCGCCUCUUCUUCUCUGGUUUUUGCUGCGGCCACCCAAUGGCCGCGACCCAGAAUCAGAGAAGACAAAAAAUGCCCAACAAGACAUUUAGCUAUAUGAAUAGCAAAACCGCAGAGAGCCUAAACUGCUCAAAUAUUUAGCGUUUUCUUAAUUCUAUGGAAACGUAUUUUGAGAGCGGAAUUGGUACGGAAAUCAAAAUGCCUUGUCAAAAUCAGCAGCUGAACAACAAUGACAGACAAGAACACGCGGCAAUGAGCAGCACCAAGCAGGUUCGGUUUGCUAGCUGCGGAAACAGCGUUCUGACAGAGUCCAAUAGAGAUGCAGAAGUAGCCGAAACUUGUGAAAAUGUAUUCAACAGUGAACUACUGAGGCAGAUCGGAUCGCAAUUAAAACUGCUUCCUUUGAAUGACCAAAUACGAGAAUUACAGACCAUCAUUAGAGACAAGUCUACUAGUAGGGGAGAUUUUGUAUUUUGUGCUGAUAGAUUGAUCAGACUAGUGGUUGAAGAGGGACUCAAUCAGCUGCCAUACAGCGAGUGUACAGUGACCACUCCCACAGGGCAUAAAUAUGAUGGUGUCAAGUUUGAAAAAGGCAACUGCGGUGUCAGCAUUAUGAGAAGUGGCGAGGCCAUGGAGCAGGGCCUCAGAGACUGCUGCCGGUCCAUCCGUAUCGGUAAAAUCCUAAUCCAGAGUGACGAGGACACCCAGAAGGCCAAAGUCUACUAUGCAAAGUUCCCCCCAGACAUCAGCAGGAGGAAAGUCCUCCUCAUGUACCCCAUUCUCAGUACAGGUAACACAGUGAUUGAGGCUGUGAGAGUUCUGACUGAACAUGGUCUUCAGCCCAAACAUAUUAUCCUCCUGAGUCUCUUCUCCACCCCUCACGGUGCCAAAUCCAUCAUUCAAGAGUUCCCAGAAAUCACCAUAUUGACCACCGAGGUGCACCCUGUGGCUCCCACACACUUUGGCCAGAGGUACUUUGGGACAGACUAGUCAGUCCUCUAGGGCCAUUCAAUGGGACACCAUACUAUGAGAACCAACCAUUGUCCCUCUGUCAGUUUGUCCACUUAUUUCAAAAGGAGUUGUUACCCUGCUGAAGAUUCUUGAUUUGCUGUGUACGCCGCCUUAACCUGUGCUCCUCAGUCUGACAAACAAUGCAAAGAUUUUCCUGGAAACAACAAAAAAGCACAUUCCAUGUAGGUCUUUUAGGAACUAGUCUAGCGAGCUUGCAUGUACUGCUGCCGUUUUAUUUAUUCAGUAAUGGUAGUUCAUUCUAGGUUGUUUUUCCUCAUUUGAAAGUCUAAAUAAUUGAAAUAUUUUUUUUCAAUAUAUUCUAUUCAAAGUAUGUGAGCGGAGUUGAGCAGACGGAAAUCCUGCUCGUCGCUUAUGGAGCGGUGCUCCACGUCCUUUCCAACCACUCCGCAACAAACCUCUCCGCUCUCACGGGGAAAAAAUGCCGCUCCAAAUUCUCUCCAGUCAUUAAAAUCGCCAUUUAACCAACACACAUCUAUUUUUUUUUGACUAUCUGGACCUAGCAUUUGGUUUUUAAGUAUUGAAACCAAACCAUAUGAUUUGAAUGAAAAGUAUUAUAAUAAACAUGAAAAGGUGAAUGUAAGAAGCGCUCAUCAUUUCAAAUAGGCUACAUGUCAUAUUAAACAACAUAUAAACACUCAAAAGGUCAGGAGCCUAAGAAGGAACAAAAAAAUAUUAUUUAGGCUAUAUUAUUUCAAUUAUUACAAAGAAAUACAUUGUGCAGCAUUUGCGAGUGCAACACAAUAGGCUGAUAGGGACAAAGCGCUCAGCAUUUAAACAACGUUUAGUUGUAUUCAAUCAUUAGUCUAUAAAUUGUGCUUUUAGGCUGUGACUUAGAAUGAAAUGAAAACAUUAUUAGGCUCAGUCUACAGUGCCUUUGAAUGUAUUUUUUUAGAAACAUCAGUUUGUGGCUUCAUGCUCAUGUGAUGAUGCGUGGAGAGCAGGCCAGCAGCAGAGAAUAUCCUCUCUGCACUUGCAGAGCCACUGGGGAUGCUAAACACCCUUUUGGCCACUCUUGCCAGGCUGGGUAGUGAUGCAGAGUUGUAUAUUUAUUUUUCUAUCAGUAGGCCUAAAGGUUUUUAGGCAAAGUAACCCAAUCAAAACAGAAAGCUCCUUGAAUGUUGGAAUAUUUAUUUUUUAUUUUACCUUUAUUUAACCAGGCAAGUCAGUUAAGAACAAAUUCUUAUUUUCAAUGACGGCCUAGGAACAGUGGGUUAACUGCCUGUUCAGGGGCAGAACGACAGAUUUGUACCUUGUCAGCUCGGGGGUUUGAACUUGCAACCUUCCGGUUACUCGUCCAACGCUCUAACCACUAGGCUACCCUGCCGCCCCAAUAUGCCAGGCUUAUUGGGUCAAAAUCAAUUAUGGCCUAUUGUGUGUGUGUAUAGAGCUAGAUAUAUGUAACAGAACUUUUAAUAUAUCUUACUUUUAGUUUAUAAAUACUUUGCUACAAUGACACACUUAGUUCCUUUCUUUUAGCAUGUGCACUUAAUAAGUACACCAUCGUGCUUUCAGGAUACGUUUUCAGUUUCCACAAUGAUUCUUUAGUUGUGGACACUACAUCACCACAAUCCCUCUCUUGCUCUUGGUCGUCACCUUGAUUUUGCACCUGUGUGUUUUAUCAGUUUCUUUAUGAAAAUAUUUAUGAGCUAUAGCAGCACAAAAGUAAACUACAAAUGCAUACUACGCCAGCCAUGUCCUUGAACUGAGCGCUACUUGAGCGAAAUUGGAGCGGGCGAGAAGGCCGACGUUCCAGCCUUUGGGGAUCUCGCUCCGCGCUCCAGUCAAAAGGGCACGCUCCGCUCACAUACUCUGAUUCUAUUGUCUUGUCUUUUUUUCUUUCUUUAGUGUUGUCAUUAUUAUUGCCACAAACAGUUUUAAUGUAUCAUAACACUGAAAAGAAACAAACCAAUCAAGAGAAACUCUGACCAGAUCUGAAGUGAAUUUGAUGGAAUAUGCAAUUUGGACAUUUCAGAGUGGAAAAGGCUGGAAAAAGAAGCUCAGAAAUACAUUGCCCUUAUGACAUCUAUGUGUAGUUAAGGAGUCAUCAAUCCUCCAUCGUUAACACAAUGGAAAGGUCAAAUGCUUUAUCUAAAUGUAGAAAGUGCGUGGGUGACAGAGAAACAAAACGAGGCAGUUUGAGGCCGUGAUGGGGGUGUGACGUCGAGGUUUGUGUGUCUGUCUGUAUGCUGUUUGUACGUUUUGUAUCAUUCAAUAAAAAAAUAAAGAAUACACAGAUAACCCAUAUACAAAAAUAAAUGAUUAACUACA